GCAGGACCCAAUACAGAAAAUCGGUAUAGCAUGUUACAAUUUCAUGGCCAUGGCAAACAACCCCAAGACAGGGCAUCAGACAGAAUAUUCAUGCCUACUUGUGCACUACACAUCACUUGAAUAUUGUAUAAAUUCAGCUCUGUGCUUUAGAAUCUAGCAACAGUCAACCCGCGACACACAACAUCAAUUCCAUUGCAUUUGACCUCAUCUCCCCUUCUCAUUUUUCACGCACAGCAUCGACACUACCAUUUUACAGUUCCAGAAACAACAAGAUGCAAAGAUCAUCACUUAUCGCUCUUCUGGCGCUUCUUGCUUUCGCUGUUGUCUCACUUGCCGAUCCAGCUGUCUCCCAGGUCAAGGGAAAGGCGCAUGCCCACAGUCCAGAGGUUUCUCACGAGAAGGUGGCCUCCAUAGCCCCUUCGAAGACAGCAGACCCAGUUAUCUUUGUCAGACAUGCUAAGGCACUCUGCGAUGAUGGAUAUUGCCAUAGUGGCGGGCCGUGCUGUGGUAAUGGUGGUUGGGAUGGGUACGGUAGAUGCGGAGGGUGUGGCUCUGGAGGGCAUUGCUGUAGCAACGGAUAUAAUACCUGGGGCGCUCCUGGUGUCGAAAACUUUGGCUAUGCCGGCUAUAGACCAUAUGGACCAUACAACGGAUAUGGACCAUACAACGGAUACGGUCCAUACAACGGAUACGGUCCAUACAACGGAUACGGUCCAUACAAUGGAUACGGUGGAUAUGGUCCAUAUGGCGGAUAUGGGGGGUACGGACCGUACGGCGGGUAUGGCGGAUACGGGGGAUAUGGUGGUAAUGGUGAGUGUUGCUGCCAAUCCCAGUGCUGUCCACCUUGCUGUACAACAGUCCUUCACACUGUUGUUCACCAAACUUGCUGCGCCGAGCCUGGUAACUGCUGCUGCAAUGGCGGCUAUGGCGGCUAUGGCGGCUAUGGUGGUGAGGGUGGUGAGAGUGGUUACUAAUAAGCUCUGUUUGUGCAUUAACAAUAUCUUUUUUCCAUCCCAGCUCCCUUAUUUCGAUCCACGGUUGGCGCGUUUCAGCUUUCUUGGUACUUCAAUUAUUCCUAGUCAUUUUUUUGCGAAAAUCUAAAACAUGGAACUAGGGCCAAGAGACCACUAGCUCUAUUCCUUGUGGCCUCUUGAGUCUACUUCUAAUCU